CCGGGCCGGACUGCGCCUGCGCUUUUCUUUGGCGCCAAGAUGGCGAUGGAGUUGAGGCUUCCCGUCGUUCGCAAGCCCCUUAGCGAGAGCUUGGGCCGCGAUACUAAGAAACACCUGGUGGUUCCGGGGGACACGAUCACCACGGACACGGGAUUCAUGCGGGGCCAUGGAACUUACAUGGGGGAGGAGAAGCUCAUUGCGUCCGUGGCCGGCUCCGUGGAGAGGGUGAACAAGCUGAUCUGCGUGAAAGCUUUGAAAACCAGAUAUAAUGGUGAAGUAGGAGACAUCGUAGUGGGGAGAAUCACGGAGGUUCAACAGAAGAGGUGGAAGGUGGAGACCAACUCUAGGCUAGAUUCUGUCCUGCUUCUCUCAUCUAUGAACCUUCCCGGAGGAGAGCUGAGGCGGAGGUCCGCGGAGGAUGAGCUGGCCAUGCGAGGCUUCCUGCAGGAAGGGGACCUCAUCAGCGCGGAAGUGCAGGCCGUGUUCUCGGACGGAGCUGUCUCUCUGCACACGAGGAGUCUGAAAUACGGAAAGCUGGGUCAGGGGGUUCUGGUCCAGGUGUCCCCCUCGCUGGUGAAACGGCAGAAGACUCACUUCCACGACUUGCCGUGUGGUGCGUCGGUGAUCCUGGGCAACAACGGCUUUAUCUGGAUCUACCCGACACCUGAGCACAAAGAAGAGGAUGCCGGGGGCUUCAUUGCCAACCUGGAGCCGGUGUCGCUCACUGACCGCGAGGUGAUCUCCCGGCUUCGGAACUGCAUCGUGUCGCUGGUCACUCAGAGGAUGAUGUUGUACGACACCAGCAUCCUGUACUGCUACGAGGCGUCCCUUCCCCACCAGAUCAAAGACAUCCUAAAGCCCGAAAUAAUGGAGGAAAUAGUGAUGGAAACGCGCCAGAGGCUUUUAGAACAGGAGGGGUGAGGAGAGACCGCCGAAGGACGGACUGUGCGCCUGAGCGGGGCUCCGCGGAGAACCUUGGACUCGUCACCCAACGCACACCGGCUGCCUCGGGCCCAAAGACCUGCUCUCUCCUGAGGCAGAGCCUGGGGACGUGCUGCCAGCCCCUUGGGUGCCCCCGGGGCCCGGCGCUAGGGGUAGUUUCGAGCCUGUAAAAGCACGUGGUGUUUUGGGCGAGUGGACUCUGAUCCUGGAAGAGUAUGGAGCAGCUCUGUCUUCUAGUCCCCGUCGGUUCACAAGGCACAGGCCCCCUCGCAGUUGCCCCUGUGAACAACACCGCCCGCCUGACCCCCAGACCGGCUGUUUUGGCCUCUGUCUCCACCUCUGCAGCACAAGGACGAUGUUGAAGCAUAUAGUUAGUGACGUCAGCCCAGCGGUCGAAUAGAAGAAUAAAGUUAACCAAGCAGCCCUUUGCUUGGUUGGAAUGUUA